AUGAACCAGUUACAUACCAGCACCAAUUACCUGCUUAAAGGUGGUGGCAUUGGUGGAGGUGAUGCUGGUAGUGAUGGUGAUGGUAAUAAUAGCGGUGGGAGCGACGGUGGUAGUGGUGAUGGUGGUUGUGGUGCCAGUAGAGGUGGGGUUGGAGGUUGUGGUGGUAACAGCAGUGGUAGUGGUGAUGGUAGUAAUGGCGAAAUCGGUGGCAGUGGUGGUGUUGAUGGUGGUUGUGGUGCUAGUAGAGGUAGAGGUGGAGGUGGUGUUGAUGGUGCAGGUGCUGGUGAUGAUGGUGAUAAUAGCGGAGGCGGUGGCGGCGGUGUUCAUGUGGUUGUAGAGGUAAUAAAGAUGGAGGUGAAGGUUGUGGUGGUAAAUGCGGUGGCGGCGAUGGUGGCGGUGGUGAUGGUGGUGGAGGUGGUAGUGAUAACAAAAAUGCAUAGAAUGGUUACCUUUUACGUAACAAUCACACUGAUGCACUCCUUCUUCAGGUGGUUGAAUGCAUGGACAUUGGUCACAUUUGUUGACUGUACAAGAUAUGUUGUGCUACACGUAAAACAUCAAAGUAAGCACUAA